UCAAGCUAUGGCGUCCAUGGUGGCGACCUGCUUCACACUUCAACCAACUCUUCAUCCUCGUCUCGCUUUCAACAGUUCACUCUUCCCAAACCCUAGACCUCUCAAAACCUUUCCUGAUCCUAUUCUAACACCGAUCUUCCAGGUAUGCUUUUCUGCGAAGCUUCAAGAACCUAGGGUUUUGGUCCCGGUUUCCAGAGCGUGCCUCUGCUCCGCCACUGGGAUUAGAAAAGACGGCGACGGUGCUGAUUUCAAGGGUGGAAGAUCACCAUCUUGGAGGCCACGAGCAGUCGGAGCACAGAGUGAUCAUGAGACCUCAUCUGAACCCAAAAAAAAUAUCAUACUCCAAUUCGUCGAAUCCAUUCGGUCAUUCAUGUUUGGCGAUGGCGAUCCAAAUAGGGUAACGAAAGAGGAGAGAUGGAAGUUGAUUGGGCAAUACAUAACCUCCAAGGGCGGUGUUGUUGCAGCUGAAGAACUUGCUCCAUAUCUUGACCCUUUAGAAACUAAAGGGAAAAAUGACAGCCUUCCGAUCAACGACGAAACAUACAUGCUACCGGUUCUGAUGAGGUACGAGGGUCAUCCCGUGAUUGAAGAAGACGGAAACGUUCUAUACCGGUUUAUAUCUCUACAACCCACAGCCAAGGAAUCGAGUGAUCCUAAUUUUGUCAAAGGAAAACUACUUAAGAAAAAGUUUUUCAUGGAGAAUAAGUGGUGGUUCAGCAAGGCUAGCACUUUGGAGAAGGCAGUGAUGGUAGGGUUUGGUGGACUUUGUUGGAAAGGGAUUCUUAUGCUUACCGAGGGUUUGCUUCUAGAAACUCCAAUUGCACCCGGUGGUUAUGUUACGUUUUUCUCUGCAAUGCUUCCAGUACUUCAGGCUUGUGUUAUUUCCAUCACCGCUAUUCCUUCGUUGAGAUUCGUUUUGUUUUGCAUCAUUUUCCUUAAGAGAAAUGCUGAUAUUAAGAAAAGGAAUGUGGAGGAUAUGCCUGUUAAUGUCUAUGGUACUAAUAGGAGUACUAGCUAUAGUACUAACAGAAGCAGGGAUUUGAUUGAGGACAUUUGA